AUGGCAUCUGAUAUUCCUUCCAGCAAUGGGGGUGAUGGUUGUCAUCCACCUUCGGAUGCUGAAGAAUGCGAUCUCAAAAAGGAAAAGGAGAAGCGCUGUGGAACUUGCAGUAGCCUCAGCCAUAUGGAGCAAAAUUGCCCGUUUCGGUGUUCACUCAACCCUCGGCAAGGUCUGAUGACGUUUCAUCGUCGGGAAUUCCCAGUCGAAGAGCUGCCACUACUUGGCGGCGGCUUUCCACGUUUUGGAGACCCACCAGUCUAUCGCCCCAGGGUGCCAGAUGCACCCCGUGCAUUGCGGAAUGCAGGGAAUUACCAUCCAUUGCUCGUUCCACCACAUCUUACAUCACUGAUAACAACUCUGUCCCAGCGAUCAACCCCCCAUGUUGCUGCCAGUGAUAGUAGGCGUAGCGUUUACCUGACCGUCCCAGUUGAGGACACCAAGGAUCCACGGACCCUCCAGGAGAAGAUACCUUCAAUCAUUCAUUACUACGAAAUUGUCAAGGACAAGACUCCUGUGGAAUACAGCAAGCCGAUUCUCGAUGCGACUGAUUUUAGCAACAAGACCGCAAACACGGCUCGAAGAACAAAGUCCAAGGAGAAGAAAAAGAAACACAAACCCUCCAACUCUGAUGAGUCCAACAAUAACAAGUCGAAGCUGAAGGAGGCACCACUGCACACAGCUAUAUAUAGCUUACUUGGGCAGACUACGCAUUGA